CCUUCGCCACAGCCAACAAGAGAGUCGAGGCGAGAGAGGAGGAGAGUUUCGGAGUCAGCGGACUUCGGCCUGCCCUUUUGGCUUUCGGUUUGAAAACCCCCAUCUUCCUUCCUGAACGGAUUUCUCUCUUUCUAGUAGUAAUUUUUAUCCCUCUCCCUUCACCAUCUUAUUUUUUCCAGUUUUUCUUGCCUUCAAAUAGAGUCCAGUAUUAUUUAUACACCAAUUUUAUAUACUACUGCUGCUACUGAUUACAUCAAUCAACCAUCCUCCAAGAAGCUCACAUCAAUUUUUGUUCCUGAAAAUUUAAAUACCAUAUUAGAUUGUGGUGUAGAUAUUUAGUUUUCUCUCGUCCAAGUUAACUACAACAAUAUACAUACAUACAUAUAGAUGCAGCCAGCCUCAUAGCCCUCUCUCCACUUGGGUCCCAAAUGAAAACCUUCCUAUUUCAAUUCGGUCUUGAGCUUCUUUUAUCUUAAUUGAUGUGCCCGGAUUUUCAUACACACUCGUCGUUGGGUAUGUCAGGGCCACAAUAUUUUGUCCUUAAAGAAGAUGAAGAAGGAGGAGAAGGAGAAGGAGGAGAAGAGAAAGAGUCAAAAUCCAAGAUUGAGUCAAAAGACACGUCGCGAAAUUCAGAUGGGCUCGAAGAAGUUGCACCCAAGAAUAUUUCCUCCUCAAUUCCAGAAAAUCCUUUAGAAGAAAAGAAAGAAUUCGACGCCGAUGAUGAUGAUGAUGAUAAAGUAGAUAAAUGUGGUGAAACAUCAGUUUCGUCAACGGAAUCGGAAAAGCCAUGCCCACUGUCAGUAGGGGCAUCGACGGCGGAGGUAGCAGAUGACGAUGAGGGUUUCAGAACUCCAACGUCCCCCAGUCACAAAAUCCCAGUGAUCACACAAUGCCCACCGGCUCCCAAGAAAACCACACAGAAAUCAAACCCAGCAUCCAUAAAAAGAAAAGGUUCUCCAACAGCAACACGCCGAGCCCUCCAUCUUGAUCUGUCCUCAGAGGUUGAGUCAAUGUUCCCUCCACUGAUUCAAGAUGAUGAUGCGGACGGCAAGACCAAGAAAGCUCGAAGAGAUCAUGAUCAUAAUUCGGCCGAAUAAACUUUGAUUAUCUAUUUUUCCGCGACUGGAUGAAGCGUGCAAUAACUGUGUAUUUAUGGGGACUUUGUUGCUCAAAGGCGCAAUGUAAAUGUAUGCUGGGAGAUUUGAUUAGCAAUUUGGUGAACAACUCUGUUGAAUGAAACCAGGAAAGAAGCAUCAAGAAAGCAGAAAUUUGGAGCUUAACUGCUGCUGAGCUUAUUUAGGUUCGUCAAACUUUCUUCACAUGUACAUAGCUGGUAUCCUAGGCUGAUGACAUUUGCAAGAUGAUUAAUUAGCAGUAGUUGAGUGGCCCAAAAAAACAGAAAAAAAAAAGAAGAAGAAGAAGGACACGCGUGUUUGUGCGUGCGGCACCGCUCCUCCACUCUCAGUCUCAAGAAACAUUCACUGCAGUCAUCCUUGCCUGCUGCUAUUAAAUCAUAAGUAGUAUUUAAGGCCGGUGCAGAUUUGUUACUUUCAGUCAUUUAUAGCACCUGCGCCUGCCUCUGCCUGCACCCCCGCAGCGGCUUCUAUCUCUUUGUCCACUCAAAGUUUCAAACCCCUAACUUCUCAUACCAGUAAGUACUAUUGAGAUAGUAUAUACUACUAGCAUUUGCUAAAUUUAUAUAUGAUUGAAUUCUGUUAAGAUUUUACUUACUUUAUUGGCUUACUACGAUAUGUUAGUGCUACUCGCAUUUGCUUGUAACUUUCAUUGUAGAUAUGUUUGUUGAUAGAAGCUUCCUUCGUA